AUGGAAAAACAAAAACUCAUUCUCAUUCUUAUUUUUUCACUACUAUGUUCAAAUGCAAACUCCUUUUCACUCUCAAGAGACUAUGAAAUUCUUCUUCAUGUCAAAAACACACAAAUCAACGACCAAAACAAAAGUCUCAAAGAUUGGCUUCCAAACACCCAACACUAUCCUUGUAACUGGACAGGAAUAACCUGCGACUCACGAAACAGAUCAGUGGUUUCCAUCGACCUCUCCGAAAUCGGUAUCUACGGAGAUUUUCCCUUCAACUUCUGUCGCAUUCCAUCUCUCCAAAACCUUUCUCUUGCUGUCAACUUUCUCGGAAACUCAAUCUCCCCACACUCCAUCUUACCAUGUUCUAAGCUUCAUUUGUUAAACAUCUCCGACAACUUAUUCGUCGGAAACUUGCCGGAAUUCAACUCAGAAACCUUCCAACUAAGAGUACUCGACCUUUCAUUAAACAACUUCACCGGCAACAUUCCGGCGAGCUUCGGCCGGUUUCCUCAACUGAAAAUUCUCAUUUUAUCUUCAAACCUUUUCACCGGAACGAUUCCUUCAUUCUUAGGUAACCUCAGUGAGUUAACUCAUUUCGAACUCACCUAUACCGAAACAAUGAAACCAUGUUCUUUACCUUCAGAACUAGGAAACCUCACUAAGCUACAAUAUCUCUACCUCUCCGACAUAAACCUCGUAGGUAACAUACCAAAUUCCAUUGGAAACCUUAUUUCCAUCGAAAACUUCGAUUUGUCUCGAAACUCCUUGUCUGGUAAAAUCCCAUACGCAAUUUCUGGUAUGAAAAAUGUGAAACGAAUUAUACUUUUCGAUAACAAUCUUUCCGGUGAAAUUCCACAAGGUUUAUCAAACCUCACAAGUUUGUCUCUCUUAGACCUUUCUCAGAAUGCACUCACCGGAAAAUUUUCUCAAGAACUCGGUUCAUUGAAUCUUUCUAUACUUAACUUGAAUGACAAUUUUCUCAGUGGAGAAAUUCCAGAAAGUUUAGCUUUGAAUACAAACUUGCUUAAUCUGAGUCUUUUCAACAAUAGCUUUUCAGGGAAGCUACCACAAGAUCUUGGAAGAAACUCUGCAUUAAGAAAUAUCGAUGUUUCAACGAACAACUUCACCGGAGAGUUACCCGAGUUUCUCUGCAUAAGGAAGAAACUUCAGCGACUUGUAGCAUUCAAAAAUGGAUUUUCUGGUUCUCUUCCUGAUGAGUAUGGAGACUGUGAUUCUCUUGUUUAUGUAAGAAUUGAGAAUAACGAAUUCUCUGGUUGGGUUCCACUGAAAUUCUGGAACCUUCCGGAGCUUGAUGUUGUGAAAAUGGAUCACAACAAGUUGGAAGGUUCAAUCUCUGGUUCAGUCUCUCGAGGAAUCACAAAACUGAUUUUAUUUGGUAACAGGUUUUCCGGUGAGAUUCCGGUUGGAGUCUGCGAACUUGUUGAGCUAGUUGAAUUGGAUAUUGGAAAUAACCGGUUCAGCGGUGAAGUUCCUACCUGCAUAACCGGUGUGAAAAAGUUGCAGAAGCUUAAAAUGCAGGAGAAUAGUUUCACCGGCGAGAUUCCCGGUAAUGUAACUUCCUGGACUGAAUUAACGGAGCUAAACUUGUCGCAUAACCAGUUCACCGGUUCAAUUCCACCGGAACUUGGGAAUUUACCUGAUUUAAUAUAUCUUGAUCUCUCUGUUAACUUUUUAACAGGGAAGAUUCCGGUGGAGUUAACGAACCUGAAGUUGAAUCAGUUCAACGUUUCUGAUAACAAAUUGUCCGGAGAGGUUCCUUCCGUUUUUAACAGUCAAGUUUAUUUGUCGGGUUUAACGGGUAACCCGAGUUUAUGCAGCAAUGUGAUGAAAACCAUUAGUCCUUGUUCAAAACACAAACCCUUUUCUGCUGUUGUUAUAAUUGUUUUAGUUGGUUCUGUUGUGUUGAUUUUUGCUUCUGUUUUGUGGUUCUUGAAGAGAAAGUCGAAAUCUUUUGUUGGAAAAUCGAAACGGGCUUUUACGACAACCUCUUUUCAGAGAGUUGGGUUCAAUGAGGAAGAUAUAAUUCCAUUUUUAACAAAUGAGAAUUUGAUCGGAAGAGGCGGGUCGGGUUUGGUUUAUAAAGUGAAGGUGAAAACAGGUCAAGUAGUUGCAGUGAAAAAACUUUGGGGUGGAAAUGGAAGACAGAAACCUGAGAUGGAAUUGGUUUUUAAGUCAGAGAUUGAAACAUUGGGUAGAAUUCGACAUGCUAAUAUAGUGAAACUUUUGUUUUGUUGUAGUUCUGAUGAUUUCAGAAUAUUGGUUUAUGAGUAUAUGGAGAAUGGGAGUUUAGGUGAUGUUUUGCAUGAGGAAAAGUGCGAUGAGUUGUUGGAUUGGUCGAAGAGAUUUAGAAUUGCUCUCGGUGCGGCUCAAGGGUUGGCUUACUUACACCAUGAUUGUGUUCCUGCUAUUGUUCAUAGGGACGUGAAGAGUAAUAACAUAUUGCUUGAUCAUGACUUUGUACCUCGGGUCGCUGAUUUUGGACUAGCGAAGACAUUGCAAAUUCAAGGAAGUGAAGACGCUAUGUCUAGAAUUGCUGGUUCAUGUGGUUACAUUGCUCCCGAGUAUGGCUAUACAUUGAAAGUGACGGAGAAGAGUGAUGUGUAUAGUUUUGGCGUGGUGCUGAUGGAAUUAAUAACUGGGAAAAGGCCAAAUGACUCGUGUUUUGGUGAGAACAAAGAUAUUGUGAAGUGGGUCACUGAGAUUGCUUUAUCAACAUCUCAUGAAGGAGUUGAAGAUUGUGUUGUGACACAGAUUGUGGACCCAAGAUUGAACUUAGACACUAGUGAUUAUGAAGAAGUUGAAAAGGUAUUGAAUGUGGCUCUACUUUGUACCUCUGCGUUUCCAAUUAGCAGACCUUCAAUGAGAAGAGUUGUUGAAUUUCUUAAGGAUCAUAAACUAGCUCAUCCUAAGUCAUGA